CCCCUCUCUCAUUACCCUGCUCUGGCCCAUGCAAAGUGGUUAGGCAUUGAAGAGGGGAGAGGGAAGAUGGGGGAGCCAGCCCAGCAGUCAUCAUUGUCGCCGUGGUGUUUAGCGUUUGUCAGGAACCUGACUCUUCCCCGAUAGUGCGCCCUUGCCAAGGCUGCUCAGAUCAUUCUCCGGGCUCACGUUGCCUUCCUCAUAUAAUCUAACCAGGCCAGCUGAAGAGCAACGAUACACUCUGCCUCGCCCAGGCCUCCUCUGCCCACUUACAGUCACAAACCCUCGAGCAGCCAUCAGGCAGAAUGGAGCUGGAGUCAGGUGCGGUGCCGGAGCUAGCCGAAGGGAUCAUGCAAAUGUUCCCCAACAUGGCAGCACCCGGACAGUUUGGGCCAGAGACGCAGGAGCCGGGGCUGAAGGUGUGGCGGGUGGAGAAGAUGAAGGCGGUGCUGCUGAAGCAAGCUGAGGUUGGAGCCUUCUUCAACGGCGACUCCUACCUGGUGUUGGAGCACAGGGGGGACCAGGGGGCCGACCUGCACAUGUGGAUAGGUGAGAAGUCAUCUCGCGAUGAGCAGGUGGCGUGUGCCAUGCUGGCCACCCAGCUGGACAGCUUCCUGGGUGGUGACCCCAUCCAGCACCGGCAGGUCCAGGGCUACGAGUCUCCGGAGUUCAUGAACCUCUUCCCCAGGGGGGUCAGCUACAAGGAGGGUGGUGUGGAGUCUGGCUUCAGGCGGCCCCAAGGCGGGUCAGGGCCGGUUCACAGGCUGUACCAGAUCAAAGGGAAGCGGAACAUCCGUGCCAAGGAGGUGGAGCUGAGCUGGGAGAACUUCAACAAGGGAGACUGUUUCAUCCUGGACCUGGGAGAGACCAUAUUUUCCUGGAUCGGCUCGCAGGCCAACAUGUUUGAGAAGCAGAAGUCGCGUGAGAUCGCUAGCCUGAUCCGUGACACUGAGAGACAUGGCAAAGCACGCAUCACUGACAUCAAUGAGGGGGAGGAGACGCCGGAGAUGCUCAAGGUGCUGGGACCAAUGCGAGAGCUGGCAGAGAGCUCUCCAGAGGAGGACAGUCGUGCAGACGUCUCCAACUCCGCCUCCCUCUACAAGGUGUCCGAUGCGACAGGUCAGAUGAAACUGACCAAUGUCUCGGAAAAGAGCCCAUUUGCCAAGGACCUUUUGGUGCGCGACGACUGCUUUAUUUUGGAUAAUGGGGCCAACGGAAAGAUCUUUGUUUGGAAAGGUAUGGGAGCAAAUGCAGAGGAGAAGAGGGAGUCCCUAAAAAUGGCAGAUAACUUCAUCCAACAGAUGAACUACCCCAGGAUGAAAACACAGGUGGAGAUACUACCACAAGGGAGGGAGACGAUCAUCUUCAAGCAGUUCUUCAAAAACUGGAACUGAACUACAAUGGCUAUCGGAAGAGGGUCUCAAUGACGCCCUCGCAAAAUAUUAUGAAAUUGCAACCUGGAAAAUAAAAGAUGUCAAUGUUUUAAGUCUUCUCGGGAGUGACAGCAUCUCAAAUUUAAAAACACAUCUUUUUUUUUUAAUGCGUUUACUUAUAUGUAUAUAUUUGUAAGGUACUAUACUCACAGAAAACAAUUCUUUAGUCAUGCUUAGGUCAAAUAAACUCCAAAUAAUAAGAGCAUUUAUGAUGUCACACCAAAUGUGACAUCAUGUCACACCUAAGUCACUACUUCUGGUUCUGACUGGGAAGGAAAACGUGUACUCACUGGUUACUGUUACUAGUCUCAUUUAAAGCCAAGAUGACAUUCCACAAAUCCUAUAAAUUGAAUUUGUUUGGUUUAGUCUAUUUCUUUUUUACUUUUUUUUACAUUUGUUUAAGAAUAACGGGACAUAUUCUACUAAUACAUGUAGUAGGCUACAGAUUAUGAAAAUAAAUGGAAACUGAAACAACA